UCUCCAAUUUCUCUAUAAUCCUCGUUUAAAGGGCUUCGUAGGGUUUAAUCCAAUGAUUGCAUGAAUUUUUUGUGCAAUUUUAGGACAUUUUUUUCUCAUUUUCCCGUAACUUAUCUUGUUCGUGGUGUUUAUUAUCGAUCUAGGGCAAGAAACCCAUGGUUUCUUUUGAUUUAUUGAUUUGGGUUUGUUUCAAGAAGGCCAAAUAUGCAAUCUUUUCGCAUUUAUCCUUUACUUUUCACGUCAAUUUGUCUCGUGAAUCUUAGAUUUAGGAAUCUGAUAGAUUCAUGUAGUGGCGUUUUGAUCCUAAAUUAGCAUGUUAAAGUGAGGUUCUUGAGGAGAUCGGUAGUGAAAAUGGUGAAAAUCGCCUCUUAACUUUUGUGGGUUUUAUAGUGCUCUUACUGAUUUGAAAUUGUUCUUUAAUAUAAUUCGUAGUUUUUGUAAUAAUUAAGCAAUUUUGUCUUAAAAGCCUUCUAUUACGUUUGAUUUAGGCACAAUUGAAUAUGAAUUCCUGCAAAAGUUUGGAAAUGAUGCAAUUAUACCUAAAAAAGUGGAAUUUGUAUAAAAAAUUUGCAGAUAUAUGCAAUUUUUCACAGUUCGGACGGUUAUGCCGAAAAAUGUCCUCUUAAGAUUUACAAGGGUGUAGGAUUUAGGGUUUAAAUAUAAUGACAUGAGCGUUAGAAUGAGUGAGAAGUUAGAGAUGCGAAAGUGAUGGUAAAAGUAUUUUACUCCAUCUUUUUUCAAGAAUAGAGGGUCGAUUGACGGAAAGAAAUAUAUUUGCUCUGACAUGAGGGUGUGAGAAUGGUUGUAGAUCUCCUACAAACUUUUGAAGAAGGACAAGUAUGACGAGGCAGGAAACUUCUGUCGAUCCAAGCUUGAGUGAGGAGGAAGAAGAUCCAUCUGAGGAAGAACUGAUCGAGGAAAAUAAUGAUGAAAUUGUUUGUAAUGAGGAAGCUAGUGAGGAUGGAGACGCAUCGGAAGAAGAUGAUUGGAAAGAAGAGUCUAAUGAAGAUGACGAACCUCAUGAGGAAUAUGCUGAUUAUGAAGAGGAGUCAAAUGAGAAAGAUGCAGAUGAGGAAAUUGAGGAGGAACCUGGUGAAGAAGGGACUAAGCAUCAUGAUGACAAUUUGCCGUUGGAAGGUGCUAAUUCAAGCUCGGGGAAAAAGAGAAGGUCGACUGAUAAACUAGAAACAUCUUCAGAAAAGCGAAUGAAGCGGGACGAGGAUUCAAGAAAAGAGGAGAACACAGGGAGCUCUGGUAAGAGAAAGCGACGUGGAUGGGAUGUAAAGGAAGGAUUUGACGAAGAAACAACUAAAUUUGCCAAAAAGAGGAAAAAGACGAGAUGGGCCACCAAUGAUGCCAAAUUGAAGGCUUUGGGCCCCUUAAAGUUACCCGAUUUUGCAGAUGAUACAGUUCUUGAGAAUCUUCGAGACCCAGAAUUCCAAAAAUUGAGUUCGGAGCUUCUCAGGAUAAAUCAGAAGCUAAAAGAGCGAGAGCUGGUUGAUGACCGACCGGAAAAUCAAAGAUCUCAAUCCCCACCACCUAUUUACAAUUGUUUGGGUAUUAGGGAAAACACAAGGGAGGUUAGGCUUCGCAUCAAACUUGAAGCACAAAGACAAAGUAUAAUUUGCGAGUUGAUUAAGAAAAACCCUAGUUUCAAGCAUCUUUCCUAUUACGAACCUCAAAAGCUAUGCAAGAAGCUGUACAUACCGCAUAAGAAAUACCCAGGAUUCAACUUUAUUGGCCUUAUAGUUGGUCCAGGAGGUCGAACAAUACAGAGAAUGGAGAGACAGACAGGAGCCAAAAUUAUAAUCCGUGGUAAAGGUUAUAAUAUGAGAAGAAGAGACUCAAAGAAGGGAAGCAGCGCACCAUGGGAGGAUGAUGAAGUCUAUGUGCAAAUAGACGCCAAUAAUCAGCAGUCUCUUGAUGCUGCGGUUAAGAUGGUCGAAAGGCUACUGGUUCCUGUGAGAGAAGAAACGCUGAAAAUUAAGUCCGCCCAACUCAGGGAACUCGCUGAAUGGAAUGGAACACAGAAAAAGAAAAAAUCUCACAAGGUCGAUAAGGUGUUCAGUGAAUUGUGCGAUGUUUGUGGUGAUUCAAGUCAUUUGACUGCCAAUUGCCCUUUGACUGCGUCCACCUCGGGAACUGAAACAAGCACUGAUCAAAUCAACUUCCUUGGAGAUUCAGGGAAAAAUCCAUAUGAACUUGAGAAUGAGAUGUCCCGUGAAUCAUGCAAUGUUUGUGGUGAUCCGAGUCAUUUUACUGUGAGUUGUCCAUUGAUCGCAUCUGGCCCAGGAUUUGGAAUUAGAUAUCCAAAUGGGGAUGCAUCCUUUCCCCCCUUUAAUCGUUCGCCGCACUCUAAUUCUACUUUGCCUGUGAUUGAUGGCCCGGAAAAAGGAACGCGUGCUUCACCUGGAAAUUACAAUCGCAUGCCUGUUAAAGAAAUUGAUGAGGCCAAAUUGUUCGUGGGCUACCUUCCACACUCCAUGAACACCGAUAAACUAAUCGAACUUUUUCUACCGUUCGGUGGCAUCUCCGAUGCAAGAGUGAUUACGGAUAAAACCACUGGUUUAAGCAGAGGAUUUGGGUUUGUUAAGUAUGCUGAUCCUAUUUGUGCUGCUAAGGCUGUGGCGCGAAUGAAUGGCUACAGGAUCGAAGGAAAGGUGCUUGCUGUUAGGAUAGCGCACCUCCCCCCUACUACUGUCAAAGGCCAUUUGGAAUUAGGAGGACCUGCUUUGCCUGUCGCAGAAGCUGUUGUUCAGGGAAGGCCCAGUUUAGUAGAUUGGCCUGGCCCUCCGGGAACCAUGUUCUUUAGUUCCUUCGCUAAGACUAUUCCUCUCUCUACUCCCAAAAGCCAUUUGGGUCCGGGGAGACCAGGUUUUCCUGUCCCCGAAGCUGUUUCUCAGGGAAAGCCCGCUUCACUAGACUGGCCCGGUCCUCCAGGAUCUAUGUUACCACAACCCUUUACCCCUUUCACAGAUUCUCUCGUAUCUUUUAGUUCCCCAAGACAAAUUCUGGUCUCGCCAACAUUCGUUCCUGGUUUAAUCUCAUCGCAAAAUGAACUCGAGCAAUUUCCUGGCUAUUUGAAAAGCUUUGAUUCUCCUGCCCAUGUUCAUUACUCGUCAUCUUCUGAUGCUUCUUGGCAGUUCCAUUCAGCUCAAUCUUCUGGCUGGAACCAAAACUAAUUCAAUCUAACACCUCCCCCUCGAUCCUUUUAUGUUGAGAAUUGUGGAAGAACUUGAGAAUCUGAUCCCAAAGACUAGGGAAAGAAAGUUGUGCCAAUUAGGAUGUCGAAGAAGCUGAAGUUUCUGAAGAUGCUUGGUCUGUAAAGAAAUUUGAGUUAAGUAAGCUUGUCGAGAACCGACUUAAAAUGUGACUGAUCCAAAGAGUGCUUCUGUAACCUCUGAUACUUGCAUUCUAGCGGCUUCCCGAGGAGAAAUCCAUCCCACAGUUGAUAGAGAGGUAUUAAUCCAGAUCUCAUUCGUAAGGCAUUAAGUAAUGCCCGUUUAUUGUUCAUUUCUCACAAUAUCAUAUGUGCUGAAUAGAGUACAUUGCGGGUAUGCCCAGCAAUGUGUAUGUAGUAUCUCCUUUUGUUGAGGAUAUCAGUAUGUUAACUGAUUCCAACUUCUGAAAUUCCGUAACCUCUGUGAUGAUUUGGCUAAGAUUGCAGGAACCCCCACUAGAAGUGUGACGAUUUUCACUUUGCCUCCCAUGAAAUUUCUACAAAAUUUCAUCAUUUUGCCACCUCUAACAGUGUUCCUUUAUAGAAUAUUUAUGACUCUUCUUACAGGUCAAGGGAAAAUUCGUUGCUUUUAAAAUUUUAACGGUUUACACGUUCCUUGCAUUAUAGUGAAGCAUAUGCUGAUUUCUGCUACCAAAACUUCGACGUAAUGCAAGAUUUAGCUAUUUCUGAUGAAAAGGACAGGGGAUUAUGGAUUUUGAGGCUCUUAUUGAGCUUGUCGAAUGGACUAGUAUCUUUGAAUGGAUAAACAUAUUUCAUUCGUUGGUUUUUCGUUUACAA